CACUCUGCCAACCGAUAUGACAAUGCAAACCGCGCCGGACAUCUCGCUGGGCGGCGCUGUCAUCGACGUCAGCACGCUCGACGCCCUCAUAACUGUCGCAAGCCGCGUGAAGGAGGAGAACACCCUGUUCCACCCUUUGCCGCAGCCGCAAGUGGAGAGGACCGGCUCCGACGUCUCCACCUCUUCCACCGACUCGACGGCGUCGUCUGUCUCCGGGUCGGGCGCGCACAAGCGGAAGCGCGGCCAUAGCAAGGUCGCGUGGUCGCGCGACGAGGACGAGAUCAUCUCGGAGAGCGUUGAGCGGCUCGGGCAGAAGUGGUCCCGCAUCGCCUCGCUCCUCCCCGUCCCGCGCACCGACGACUCUGUCCGCAAUCGCUGGCACCGUCUGCAGCGCAAGGCGCUGGCGGCGAGCGGCUCGGGCUCCGGCGAGAGCACCCCGGACGACAAGGGCGGCGACAUGUGGACGGAGGAGGAGGACCGGUACAUCGACCACGCGGUGCGGGUGGAGCGCCUCAAGUGGCGCGCCAUCGCCGCCAACCUUUCCGGCCGCACCGCGUCCGGCUGCCGCAACCGGUGG